UAUACUGUGGUUAUACUGUGGUAGAUACGCAGGCGAUUAGAACGAGCUGCGCAAUCAGCUGCCGAGAGCUGCAUAAUAAAAAGGACGGGCAAGUAUAUAAAAUCUGCGAUCAAAAUAUAUAUUUUUAUGUGGGAGAAUAUGUCGUCAGGUAGAAAACAAAUACCGCGCGUUUGAGAAUAUGAACGCAAAACUCCGUUCUCUCAAAUCAGCUGCGCAGCCGGCAGAUCCGAUGCCUAAAAGAACGCACUCGAACAGACCUUAUAGCCGUAUUACACUAGCGAUUGGCGACUGCGUCUGCGUUCGCGUUUGCGUCUACGAUUGUCUCUGGACCAAUCAGAAAGGAGUUGCUAACGAUUGCGAUUCGCGAUUCCCGUUUAACCGGCCGUCUAUUUUCAAACGCGAACGCAGACGCAGUCGCCAAUCGCUAGUGUGAUACGGGCAUUAGGUGCGUUCGGGGAGCAUGUUUUCAGCGCUAAAAGCGUCUUCUAUCUUUGUUCGACACACAGCGAGUGACGAAGGUAGACUGACGUUUUCAGCGCUAAUAGCGUCUCCCCGAACGCAGCCCUUGUAAUUGGUUGGUUCGUUGACCGCGUAAACUUAACCGCUUACAUUUUUUCUAAUCUCGCGACUGUCGUCUGUUCCUCUUGUUCGUGUACAUACGUACCUUUUCUUUCUUCUUUAUUUUUUCAACGCUCGAUUAAACGUUUACCUUCAAAGGUACGGAAGGUUUAACCGUCGCAAAAUUUCUUCGCUUCUCGUCCGAGCCAGUCCGAGCGAAACGGGAGCCAGUUUUGAACGAGCCUCUUUUACACGAGCCUCUCGUGUGGUGUAUUACGUUAUAAAAGAUUAUAAUCUCUUUAACUUAACCGAACAAUGGCCAAGUUAAACAAGACCAUACGGAUCAAGGAGACGGUUGUCGUAAAAGAUACCAACAUGGCUGUCGUGAAGAAACUAAGAAAGAAGCAAGAAGAGGAGUCGAACGCAUCGAGCGACGUGCACGAAGGUGACUCAAGGAAACUGAAAGCAUCUAACGAAGUAACAACAUUCGGAAAUAGUAAGAGGAAAAAGAAGGACAAAAAGACGUCGGAAGUAUUUCGAAAAGUACAAAUUAACACGGAUGGUAAAGCAAAGCGCAAAAUGAAAAAGGGUAAACUUGACGCGCAAAAUAUAAAGAGCUUGGAGGAUGUUUCGACGAAGUAUUCAAGGAAAUGUCAAAAACCAUUUGUAAAAGUAGAGAUAACUGCAAGCGGUAAAUUAAAGGGCAAGAAGGGCGCCAAUGGGCGGAAGAGCGAUCUGAAUUUUGUUCGCUCGAACAAAGAUGCUACCGAAGUCAACGACGCGAAGGAGAGAAAGAGGAAGUUGCAAACGUUUGGAAAGGAUUCAAUCAACUUGGAACACAAAAGAAUAAAAAUUGAGAAACUCAAAAAGAUGAGCGGGAAGAAAGUGAAGCGGAUGGCGGUUGAAGCGGAAGCGCAACAAGUAAAGCCUGACAAAGUGCUGCAGCUGAAUAAAUACAUGAUGAAGAUCAGACGAUUAGAAGAGAUGCUCACCAGCAAGUUGCAGGCGAAGAAGACUUUGAAGGACAGAAUGGCGCAGCUAGAACUGGCUAGGUUUAGAUUCAUAAACGAGAUGUUGAGUAACAGCAGCAGUUUACAAGCCAAGUGUUACUUCAAGCAAGAUCCCGAGGCCUUUAAGGCUUAUCAGACGGGAUACAAGGGGCUGCUCAAACAAUGGGCCAUGGAUCCGUUAGACAUCAUAAUAUCAUCAAUUAGAACAUUGCCAACAGACAACGUGAUCGCUGAUUUUGGGUGUGGCGAAGCACGGCUAGCUGUUUCUGUUCCUCACACAGUGUAUUCGUUCGAUUUCAUCGCUACGAAUGAUUGGGUGAACGCUUGCGAUAUGGCUCGCACCCUGUUACGAAUGAACAGCGUUCACGUUGUGGUGUUUUGUCUCUCUCUUACAGGAUCUAAUCUUGGCGAUUAUAUCCUCGAGGCUAACAGAGUUCUUAAACAUGAUGGUAUUUUGAAGAUAGCCGAGAUCGGGAGCAGAUUCGAGGACGUGAAAGAUUUUAUAAAAUUGCUGCGCUGCUAUGGUUUUAAAAAUACGUGGAAAGACUUGUCCCACGAACUGUUUUAUUUUAUGGAUUUCAAGAAGGAAAAGGACGUAAACGUGAAAAAGAAAGCUGUCCCUCCAAUUACGCUGAAAUCUUAUUUGCAUGAGAAGAAGUAACAUUUUAUUUUAUAUUGCGCAAUAUUUUUUUUCUACACAAACCUGAAAUUGUUUAGCAUAAAAAUACGUUUUUAUGAACUAUUAUACACUUCUACUAUUCUAUACUUUGUUUAUACGAUUUACCUGUAAGUAAUAAGCUUAUAUCAAAUGUCGUUUGGAUGAUGACUUUAUCUGCUUGGUUUUGUAAUAUUCUACUCUUUGAAUACAUUGCUCAAUUGGAUACAACAUAUAUUUUAAGUUUUAAGAGAUAAAAGAUUAAUAUAAUGGUUUUGUGUUCAUAACAUAUAAAAGCGUUUAUAAAGUAUACGUAUAAAUUUAUUUUAUUUUUUAAUUGAUAUUGCCUAGAUACUAGAUAAAUGUAUUGUUUUAUUAUACUGUAUCUCAAUAUUUUGUUUACACAGGCAAUUCAACUUUCAUUAAACAUUUAUUUACAAAAAAAUACGACUUGGUUAUAUUCAUGCUUUUACACUUAUUUGUAUUUUCCUGAAGUUUAUACAAUUAAAUCAAUUAGAAUUAAGAACACGCUCUGAGCAAGAUGUAGACAGCUCUGUAAAAUUAAAUUGAAAAUACUUAUUUCAUUUAGAAAAAAAACCAUCUGGAACAAUUAUCAAUACUUAUAUGUGUACGUACGCCAUCUACUACUAUUUGUAAGUGUAAUAUUUCCGAACACUGUAAACUAUUCUCUGAGUUAUACAUUUGAAACAGAAUAUU